CAGGGGGGUAAAGAAAGGGCAGUCACGUGACCGCGCGGAGUAUAUUCGAGGCGGGCCGUAAACAGAGCAGCAGCAGCUGCGGAGAGCAGAGCCGAGCAGACCGUCCACAGGAGCUCAGCUGACAGGAGCGCGUCUCCCGGUUUCGUGUCCCUGCGACCCACCCGGCCUUUCGGGCUAUAAAAUUAUUUCUUUCCAACUUCAGCUACAGUGAUAGCUAAGUUUGGAGAGGAGAAAAAGGGAGAAACGCCGUGUCUUCUUUUGUUUUUUCUGGUUAUUGUGUCAGUUAGGUGCAGAGGUAGUCGGAGUCGACCUCCUUUUGCAUUACAAAAGGGGGAUCUAGCUGAAGCGAGAGAAUAUAUAUUAGACAUAUCAAGCCGGUUGUUUCUAUCUGAAGAGCUUUAAAAUGGAUAACUCUGGAACUAAAAAGACGUGCAUGGAAUCCACCCGAGACUUCUUCACCUCGGCCAAAUUUCUCAUCUACAUGGGCCACGCUCUGUCAACAUGGGGUGACCGGAUGUGGAACUUUGCUGUGGCAGUUUUCCUGGUGGAGCUGUACGGGAACAGCCUGCUGCUCACUGCCGUGUAUGGGCUAGUGGUCGCUGGCUCGGUGCUCCUGCUGGGAGCCAUCAUCGGAGACUGGGUGGACAAAAACCCCAGGCUUAAAGUGGCCCAGACUUCGCUGCUGGUCCAGAACAGUUGCGUCAUCGCGUGCGGGGUCCUCCUCAUGCUUGUUUUCCAGUUCAAAGACCAGCUCACGGAGCUCUACAAUGGAUGGAUUCUGACAACCUGCUACAUCCUGGUCAUCACCAUCGCCAACAUUGCCAACCUUGCCAGCACGGCCAUGUCCAUUACCAUCCAGAGAGACUGGGUGGUUGUUGUAGCAGGUCAGGACAGCAGCAAGUUGGCAGAUAUGAAUGCCACAGUGCGGAUUAUUGACCAGCUGACCAACAUCCUGGCUCCCAUGUUAGUGGGCCAGAUUAUGGCCUUUGGCUCUCAUUUCGUUGGCUGUGGCUUCAUCUCUGGCUGGAACCUGUGCUCCAUGUGUGUGGAGUACGCACUGCUGUGGAAGGUCUACCAGAAGACACCCGCACUGGCUGUGAAAGCUGGACAGAAGGAGCAGCAGCAGGAGCUCAAACAGCUCAGCCCUACAAAAGAUUUGGAGAAUGGCCAGAGUCCUGAGGAGUCGUCUCAGCCACUUAUGAACGAAACCUCCGUUGUUGCCAAGUCUGACUCUCCCAAACAGCGCAGCUGUUGCUACCAGAUGGCUGAACCCGUGCGCACCUUCAAGGCCGGCUGGGUGGCCUACUACAACCAGAACAUCUUCUUCGCCGGCAUGUCCCUGGCCUUUCUCUACAUGACGGUGCUGGGCUUUGACUGCAUCACCACAGGCUACGCCUACACACAGGGCCUCAAUGGCUCGGUGCUCAGUCUGCUGAUGGGAGCCUCGGCCAUCUCAGGCAUCUGUGGCACCGUCGCCUUCACUUGGGUUCGCAAGAAGUGUGGCCUGAUCCGCACUGGCUUCAUCUCCGGCAUGGCCCAGCUCUCCUGCCUCAUACUGUGUGUCAUCUCAGUCUUCGCUCCUGGAAGUCCCUUCGACCUCAGCGUCUCACCCUUCCAGGACCUCUACACCCAUCUGAUUGGAGAGAAGACCCUGCCUGAAGCUGUCCACAGCCUGACCGGUGGAAACAUCACUACGCCUACUACUGCCGCACCAACCCAAGAGCUGCCACCUAUGCAGUCCUACAUGUCUGUUAGUCUGCUGUUUGCUGGCGUAAUUGCUGCUAGAGUUGGUCUGUGGUCCUUUGACCUGACAGUGACCCAGCUCAUCCAGGAGAAUGUGAUUGAGUCAGAGCGAGGUGUGAUCAACGGCGUCCAGAAUUCCAUGAAUUACCUCUUAGACCUUCUGCACUUCAUCAUGGUGAUUCUGGCCCCGAACCCAGAGGCCUUUGGCCUUCUGGUCAUCAUCUCCGUCUCCUUUGUGGCCAUGGGCCAUAUGAUGUACUUUCGGUUUGCCUUCAGGAGCCUGGGCAGCCGCCUCUUCCUCUGCUGCUCGCCGGAGCAGAAGGUGGAGGCGGUUGACAAUCCUUCACUUCCUACCACCGUCUAAUCCCAUUAAAGAGACUCUGUCCUGGGUACAUACAUCUCAAACCUUACACUAGCCCUGCAUCUUAUUUAUCUCACUAACAUCUUAGCUUGUAGCUGGCAGAAUGCUAACGUAAAGCGUAGACAACAUGCUGUUGGUAGCCAUUAACCAUUAGCAGUAGCAGAAGAGUAGAAAAUGUUAGAAAGUACUGAAACUUUAGAUAAUGCAGGGGUUUCUGUAGUGUUUUCAGUCUGGGAGUCAGAUGAGCGCCUCAGCCUUACACCUAUGGAUCCAUGCUCCUUAACACAUGCAUGCGCUGUCCAACAGGGGUCCAUUGCUUCUGGGUGCUGUUGGAGAAAUCAUGGACAGUGCACUGUAAAAUCCUCUCCACCUAACAGCCCGCAUGUAGCUGUAAAGAUUUCUAAAAGGUGCUUCAGCAUAAAAAGGGCAGAAUGAGAUAGAAAUCUUAUAGAGGAACCUGACGAUCAGGACGCCACUCGGGUUGCCUCUCAGUUUGGGUUCGUUGGUGCUGUCGCUGCAUCCGCUCACUGUUCUCUCAUAGACUUCUUUCUAUUGUGCUGGCUUACAUAUAUAUGUGUGUGUGAUGAGCAGGUUGUGGAUACUUUUUAUUUAACCAAACAGAAAACUGGGAUCUAGUCUCUUUAAUGUGUGGUGUUGAGCAUUUAGCUGUGUUUAUUCAGGAAAUGCAGGCGGUGGUUUUUGUAAUGACUGCAUCAUCAGUAUUGUGUUGUGUGCUUGCAGUUGUGCCAUAUGAAACACAAACAUCCUAUGCACCCUUAUCAAUAGCUCGCAGUUACCAAAGUUAAAGUCCAUACAUGGCUUAAAAGGAAGUGAGGGAAACCAGUUUUGGCUGUCUAAGCAUUCCAAAUAUACACAAUAUUUUGCAUCCAGUGAAAAUCUUACUGUAUCUGAACCCACUUGGAGAUUGUAUCUAAUCUUUUUUUUCUGGUAGUUUACAAUUAUAUGAAGACGUGUUAGGGCCGUUCUAGGAAAAAACCAAACAAACUUGAGAAGAAGGAGGAAGUGGGGUGAAUUUCUGUGGAAAAAAACUCCAAGAUUAAAAAGCUGUGAAAUCACACUAAAACAAAAAGAAAACAGACAUCAUUUAUGAGGAAAAGAGAGAAAAAAAACCCUCAAUAUUAUUAUAACGUAAAGUUGUAAAUUUAGGGGAAACAAAAUUUUUGAGAAAGUUGUCUAAAAAAAAAAAAAAAAAGAUAUAUGUGGAAAAAAAAAUUACAACUGCAUAAUAAUCUUCUGCAUAAUCACAAAUGCAGAAGAAAAGUCAAGAUUUCCUGAGAUUAAGUAAUAAAUUAGUCUAAGAAAUUUAGGUAUUCUUUGAAAUUACAAAACUACCUCUUAAGUCUUUAAAAUUUACAUUUUAAAUUUUAAGAAACUCUUAAAAUUGCAAAUUUAUCAGAAACAAAACACCGUAGAUAUUUUGACAUUAAAGAAAAAAUACUUUAUUCUCUAAAAUAAAAAUAAAUUUAUUAGUACAGUGUACUAGAGAAAUAUUUUCUUUGAGAAUUUUGUCAUACAUUUAUGAAGAUUAAAAUUGGACUCAUAAAUGUGUUUAGUUAUCUGAAAGAAGUCGAUUCUGAUUAUGUUUUGAGCUAAAAUUAAUGAGAAAUUAAAACUCUUACAGAAUAUUAAGAUAUACAGUGUUGUAUAGAUUUACAACUUUAAUAAAAAGAAGAUAUAUCCAAGUUUCUUUCCAAUUUUUUUUUUUUUAUAUUUAUUUUAUUUCAUUUUUUUCCUCAGAAUACCACCCUUACCUCCACAAGUUUUUUUUUUUUUUUUUUUUUAAACCUUGAACGGCUCUAGUGUGGCAUCAUAUGAACAUCUUAGUCUUUUGAGUUCUCUGGAGUGAUUUUUUUUUUCCCAGUCGUGAUUGUCUCUAACUCAGGCACUUUACGUGAUUGACUUCUGUCUUUACACCUAAUGCGUGAUCAGGCAUUAGUUCAAUAUGAUUUUGCACAAAUCUGAAGUCCCGACUUCACCCGAAACCCUCCGCACCAUGCACAGUAAUGCAUUCUCUCUUCAGAUGUCGUUGUUUGGCGGGAGGGUACUACGGCACAUAUUGCAACACCCAGCACUACUACCACAUGGUCAUGAGGAAAAGAAAAAACCUACCCGAGUUCCUGUGAAAAACAGCCUCGGUUUACCUCAGGCGCUCCCACGUUUCCUCAAAAAGCUACUCAGGGAUCUGAGUCAGCAGCUCUUAUCUGAAAUCACUUUAUGGCAAUAAAACCCUCAAUCUUUACCCAGCCAGGGUUGAAAACGUACCUAUUUAGGGUUUUUUGGCGAUUCUGCGUGCCGUUUUUCCCAUGAGGUGAUUAAACAGAUUGAAAAGUUUAAUUUUGAAAUGAAUGUUUCCAGGCCUUUACAGAAUCACUAUAAUACAGCAAUAUCUAUAUAAAGAGCGUAGCAUUGAAAACCCCAAAGGUCUAUUUUGUUCCCCGUAGAGUCAACCCUUCAGUUGUAAAUGGAAUAACAUGUUUUCUGCUUACCUUGCAUUUUUACCUGUAUCCGUUCCACCUCUGAACCUCCAAAAUUUCACACGCCUUAAUGGAAACUAGCCUCCCCAGACUGGCCGGUGCUCGCAGAUGAAAAAGUUAACCACGAUUCCAGCCACGGAGGGUAGACGUGUUUGGGUUGGAAGGCGAGUUAACCGCACCAGGUGUAGGAGAACAGAGGGCCAUUUUGUAGGGCCCGUGAAACAGGAUGGAGGAGCUUUAUUUUCAUGUUCCACCUGCUUCACAUUCAGUCUGCGCACGGGAACAAAAGCAGCUCUCAGAACAGGUCUGCUGAUUCAGGAAUAUCCCACAUGGUCAUAAAUGCUAUAUUUUCUAAUGUAAAUAUAUUUAGCUGUGAGUCGAUACAAACUUAAUUGGAAAACAGAAAGAAAAUCAGAGUGUAUACUGUUGUUGUGCUGUUUGAAACCUUUUUUUUACAUUUUUAUAUAUCUAGUGUCAACACUUUGUGAUUCUUUUUUCUGUAAGCUGUAGUUCCUUUUCAUUUGAGCACAUCUGUAUUUUAUUGCUUUCAUCUCUUUCUACAAACAUAUACAUAUAAAUAAAACUCUAUAUAUCAGUGUUAUUGUAGUUUGAUAGAAUAAAAGUGUGAAAUCAUUAAGAAAUCCUUUUCGUGUAAUAAUCACACUCCACUGAAUAUCAGGAGGUUUGUACUGGUUGUAGUGCAUGAGGUGUCUUAAAUAAAGAAAACCUUUACAAUCA